CCGGGCCCGCGCUGGGCCCUGACGUCAAGGCCCGAUGGCCGCCCGCCCGCCCGGCAGCAUGGAGGCGCUGGCAGGCCCCGCCGGCCGCUGAGAUGGACCUCAAGGGCCAGUACUGGACUGACGAUGACUCCGAUGGGGACAAUGAGUCCGAGGAGUUCCUCUAUGGCGUCCAGGGGACCUGCGCCGCCGACCUGUACCGGCACCCGCAGCUGGAUGCCGACAUCGAGGCCGUGAAGGAGAUCUACAGCGAGAAUGCCGUGGCCGUCAGGGAGUACGGGACCAUCGAUGAUGUGGACAUCGACCUCCACGUGAACAUCAGCUUCCUUGAUGAGGAGGUGGCGACGGCGUGGAAGGUGCUGCGGACGGAGCCCAUCGUCCUCCGCCUGCGCUUCUCCCUCUCCCAGUACCUCGAUGGCCCUGAACCGUCCAUCGAGGUUUUCCAGCCAUCCAACAAGGAGGGCUUUGGGCUGGGUCUGCAGCUGAAGAAGAUCCUGGGCAUGUUCACAUCCCAGCAAUGGAAACAUCUCAGCAAUGAUUUCCUGAAGACCCAGCAGGAGAAGCGGCACAGUUGGUUCAAGACGAGCGGCACCAUCAAGAAGUUCCGUGCUGGCCUCAGCAUCUUCUCCCCCAUCCCCAAGUCUCCCAGCUUCCCUGUCAUCCAAGACUCGGUGCUGAAGGGCAAACUGGGCAUCCCUGAGGCUCGUGUCAACCGCCUGAUGAACCGCUCCGUGUCCUGUAUGGUGAAGAACCCCAAGGUGGAGGUUUUCGGCUACCCCCCCCCCAGCACCCAGGCAGGUGUCGCCCCCUUCAACAUCCUGGUCGGUGGCCACUGCAAGAACGUCCCGACGCUGGAGUACGGCUUCCUCGUCCAGAUCAUGAAGUACGCGGAGCAGCGGAUCCCAACGCUCAACGAGUACUGUGUGGUGUGCGACGAGCAGCACGUCUUUCAGAACGGCUCCAUGCUCAAGCCGGCCGUGUGCACCCGCGAGCUCUGCGUCUUCUCCUUCUACACCCUGGGCGUCAUGUCCGGCGCGGCGGAGGAGGUGGCCACGGGCGCCGAGGUGGUGGACCUGCUGGUGGCCAUGUGCCGUGCUGCCCUGGAGUCCCCUCGCAAGAGCAUCAUCUUUGAGCCUUACCCUUCCGUGGUGGACCCCAACGACCCCAAAACACUUGCCUUCAACCCCAAGAAGAAGAACUACGAGCGGCUGCAGAAGGCCCUGGACAGCGUGAUGUCCAUCAGGGAGAUGACCCAGGGGUCCUACCUGGAGAUCAAGAAGCAGAUGGACAAGCUGGACCCCCUGGCCCAUCCCCUUCUGCAGUGGAUAAUCUCCAGCAACAGAUCCCACAUUGUCAAGCUGCCUCUCAGCAGGCAGCUGAAGUUCAUGCACACCUCGCACCAGUUCCUCCUGCUCAGCAGCCCCCCAGCCAAGGAAGCGCGGUUCCGCACCGCCAAGAAGCUCUACGGCAGCACCUUCGCUUUCCACGGCUCUCACAUUGAGAACUGGCAUUCCAUCCUCCGCAACGGGCUGGUCAACGCUUCCUACACCAAACUGCAGCUGCAUGGAGCAGCCUAUGGCAAGGGCAUCUAUCUGAGCCCCAUCUCCAGUAUUUCCUUUGGAUAUUCAGGGAUGGGGAAAGGGCAGCACCGGAUGCCUUCGAAGGACGAGCUGGUGCAGCGGUACAACCGGAUGAACACCAUCCCGCAGACACGCUCCAUCCAGUCCCGCUUCCUCCAGAGCCGUAACUUGAACUGCAUCGCGCUGUGCGAAGUCAUCACGUCCAAGGACCUGCAGAAACACGGCAACAUCUGGGUCUGCCCCGUCUCGGACCACGUCUGCACCCGCUUCUUCUUUGUGUAUGAAGAUGGCCAAGUAGGAGACGCCAAUAUCAAUACUCAGGACCCCAAAAUCCAGAAGGAGAUCAUGCGUGUGAUCGGGACUCAGGUGUAUACAAACUGAGUGGUGGGACACCCCCGGGACCCCCCAGCACCGAGUGAAGCCCCCGGGCUGGGGAAGGACGAGUGGGUUUCAAGGCCGAGAUGGGGCCAAAAGUGGCGGCUCCCCCUGUACAUAACGUCCAGCAUCCAGUGAGCACCAGGCAGGUUAAUGGUCCCUUGUCCCCUCCCCGUCCUGUCCCCCAGCGUCCCGAACCCUAUGGCAGCGCGGAGAAGGAGCUGCAGGGGCUGGCGUGGCCGGAGGCCGCCCCUCCUGGCGCUGGCAGCGACAGGGGUUUUACUGACAGUGAGAAACUGAAGCAAAAAAACCAACAACCAACCAACAAACCAAACCCAAAAACAGAGAGAAAAGAAAAGAAAAAAGGAAUCCGUGUCCCUGGAAAGUAUUUAAAUAGGCUGGGGGGGAAGGGAUGGGAUCGCGGGAAGGGACAGGAUCAUGGGGAAACGAUGGGAUUGCAGGGAAAGGAUCAUAGGGAGUCGAUGGGGCUUUGGGAGAGAGUUGGGACUUCGGGGAGGGAAUUGUGCGACCCUCACACCAUGGCAAAGGGGUUGUGCUGUGGAGCAGGGGCCACGCCACGGAGAAGGGACUGUGCCUCUGGGACGGGCCCACGCCAGGGACAUGGGGCCACACUGAGGGUGGCAGAGGUUCCCCUUGGGCUGGGAGCGGCUCCCACGGGAUCAUCCCGGGAACACCGCGGGGUCCGAGGGAUUGAGAGUAACAAACCCUGGAGCAGCCCCUCACUGCGCCGCGGCGUUGGGUCCAGCCAGGGCUGAUACAGGAAGGUGAGAACUGACCUCAGAAACCUCCUGGUUCAGGUUCAGUCACCGGCUGAGACCCAACAGGCUCGUCUCACCGCCCAGGGCACUCAGUGUCACCUCUGCGGUGUCCCCUGCCCUUGGGGAGUGACAGAGGGACUCCACUGUCUGCCCAGCAUCGCUCACUGCCCCCAACGGACACCCAAACGUGGGUGAUGUGACACCAUCCCCUCACCACCCGCCCCAUUGGUGUUCUGCUGCGAUUUGGGGGGUUUGGGGUUUUUUACCCCUUAAAUAAAUAAAUGAAGCCACUUUCCCACGAA